CUCGACUUGACCUCCUCCACACUUUGAGCCACCAGUCCUUUUUGACAAUAGCUUGGGCCUUGAUCUGUCCUUCAAUUCUUCACUACUACGUACUGUCCAGGCAUCACGAGAACAAAUUGCGUUUUCAUUAUCGUUGAAAGACGACACCGGACCCAGCCUCUUCUACUGACAACAUCCUCCCACUGUCUACCCGAGGCAAGCGUUUCGACUUUCCUCUCCAACUAUUCAUUCUUCGCCACCUUCUCAAGGUCACUCUUCUAGCAGACAGAGAGCUAUCUACACCUUCUAUACGUACGGCAACCAGAGUCAAAUCUCUGUAGACUGCUGCCUGAGUACUGGCUUCCCAAGAUGCCGGCCAGAAAUUACAACCCCUUUGCCAAACGAGAGGAAUUCUCAAGCCGAAACCUCAUCGCCUACAAGAUCCUCACUGUGGUCUCAUGGCUACUCCUCGUUAUUGCCGGUGUCUACUACACCUUUAGACGCCCUGAAGAUCACCACCACCACCAUAACUACCACACCAUCUGGGGCCAGAACAACCACCGAGCUACCCCCUUCAGCUUGAAUUCAAUCGUGGUCAGCAUUUACUGGGUCGUGGUCUUGAUCUUGCAGGCACACUAUGUCAGAUAUCUCUACUCUGCCGACCAGACAUUUGUCACUAGUGCAGCCAACGUGGGAAGCCACUUUAUCCUGCACAAUCUCCUCAGCUUCGGUUUCAUUCUUCUCUGGGUCCGCGGCUUUUUCUGGCAGGGUGAAAUCCUCCUCAUUGUCAACCUUUUCAACCUGACCCUCCUCUACUUCCGCCAUCCCACCACUCCACGCUUUGUUCAUAUCCCUAUCGUCUCGGCACCUCUUGCUUGGACUUAUAUUGCCAUUCUUUGGAACGGGGCUGCAGCAGUCAAUGCAAGGAGUCUCCCUGCGAGAAUUGUGGCCAAUAUCUUCAUCUGGGGCAUCCUCGUCUUGGGGGCAUUUUUCCUACUCACAUACAAGGACUAUACUAUUGGCAUCGAGCUGUCAAUCCUCGCGCUAGCUCUUGCCAUUGCCCAGCUGGAGACGCAUGUGAUUGCAUUCCAAUGGAUCUUUGCCUUUAUUAUUGCUGUACUACUCUUCUUCGGUUCUCUCUUCAUUGGAGCCCCACAAUGGUUUGGCCAAGGCAGGGAAGCACGCCAAGAAGGUGCUGUUGUCGGUGAGGACCGUGAACGCGCUCCUCUUCUUGAUGACCACUAGGUCUCAAUGCCUUGCUAACCGGGCAGCAUGCAUGGGUAUUGAUACGCCGGGGAAGUAUUGAGCUGCAAGUGGUGGUGAGGUGGUUACAUUGAAGGUAUGGCAGCAUUGCUGGCAUGGGUUCAAGGUUCUGAUCUCAUUCGUUGAAUCAUGGAAGCCACAGGAGGCAUGAGUUAAGAGGCUUGCUUUGCAGUUCGUCUAAUGAGUUUCAGCACUGCAUUUUCAAUGAUUGGAGCAGCGUGGCAUAUUUCGCAGACUCUGGACUCAGCAAAUGAGGCAGGCGUUGGGGCGGUUUGACUUUUUGGACGAUGGCCAGCACUCACGCCAUCUGCAGUAUCUGGUUGCCCAGACCGCUCGAGUUAAUUUAGGUUGUUCUCCAUUGGUCUCUGAGUAACAUGGAUUAGCAGCAAAAUAGCCUCCUAGCACCCAUCUAUCUAUUGUGUUUUUGUUUCUCCGUGUUUACUCGUCAAGUGUUGACCAAUAAAUCAGGUUUCUCAG